UGCUACUAAAGAUACCGCUUAAAAAAAAAAGAAAAAAGAAAAAAAUGGAGACAUUGUACUAUGUUAUUGUUCUUUGUGUUAUUAGCUUCGUUGUUUUAGUUCUUCCAAAUGAUUUUAGCAUUGCUGAUACAGAUCUACAAAGAGGUUCAGAGUGCUCACAAGCCGAUUAUUCUGUGAAGGGAGAAGAAUCGGAGAGGAAUCUGCAAAGUUUGUUGGAUUCUCUAGCUUCUAACGUGGUUGAUCACCAUGGUUUCUACCAAGCAAGUGUAGGAAAAAAGAGUAACAAGGUUUAUGGUGCAGUUUUAUGCAGAGGUGAUGUUUCAGCAAAGAAUUGUUCAAAUUGCACCUUAGAAUCUAUCAAGGUUGCAACACGUGAUUGUUCUAAGAGCAGAGAUGUUGCAAUCUGGUUCACAUGGUGUUUCCUUCGGUAUUCGAACGAGAGCUUCUUUGGAGUAAUGGAAUCGACGGCGGCGGCGAUCACAAAUGACACAGAUUUUGAUGAGUCUUAUGUGGUUCCAGAAGGGCUUGAAUUUAUGAUUGGAAUAGCAGGUUCAGCUCCAGAGCAGCCAUAUAUGUUCCAAACAUCGGUCUUGAAUUCGAGUCGAUAUGGCAUGGCUCAAUGCACAAGAGAUAUCAGCAGAGUUGAUUGCAGAGCGUGUCUUGAUUCUCAAUUUUCCAUUUUCAGAAAUGUUAUUGGAAACAAACGAAGAUGGGAGAUUUAUGGUCAUAAUUGUUUCAUGUGGUAUAAUGAUUAUCAAUUUUAUUCUAAUGUCACAACUCUUCUUAGUGAUGCUAGGAAGACUUCUUGUGGCGGAAUUUUCGAAAUUGUUGUAACUAUUGCCGCGUUUCUGUUAGUUUUGUAAUUUUGGUUGCUGUCUUAUGAUAUGCACUCUCACAAGACAAAAAUUAAUUUGUUAUAGAACUAAAUUCUAUUUAAAAAUUUGUUGCUGUAUGUUCAAUGAUAAGUUGCUGCAUAAAUGUAUAUAAGUUUUGUAUUGUGUAUACGAUGGACUACAAAGGAGACUCAACAAUUAGCACCAAAUUAUUUAAUUCAUUUUUUAUUUCUUCU